CCCCCUCCGACCCCGCGCCGCCGCGCUCGCUCGAUCCCCGCCGCCCGCGGCUGCUCCCUCCCUUGCCCCGGCUAGGGUUCUCCUCCUACAGCGCAGGGGAAAUCCGGGCCUCUUUGCUGCUGCUCCUCCGGCGCCGGAGGGAUGCGAUGCGAGGCAUGAGGUAGUUUGUUUCUUGGUGGUUGCUUGGGUCGAGGAAGGCGAAGGAUGGUAUGGAGUUCACGAAGCAGAGGACUGUCAGAUUCUACGAGGAGAGGGCAAAGCCAACUAUACCCACUCACCAGAAGCAGGCUGGGCUAGCUGCCAGUAAGCUUGGUCUGGAGAUUUCGGAGAAGAACAAGAUUUUUGUAGCAGGGCAGGACCUUUGGUACAAGAAGAUUAUUGAUCCAUCAAGUGAUUUCAUCUUGACUUGGAAUUAUGUCCUCCGUAUUGCAUGCUUCAUUGCUCUAUUUAUGGAUCCUCUAUACUUCUAUGUACCUAAAAUCUAUUAUGGUUCUCCGGAUUCAUGUAUCGGGAGAGACACACGACUAGCCAUCAUCGUUACUGUCUUCCGAUCAAUUACCGACCUCUUUUAUGUUGUCCAAAUUAUAAUAAAGUUCAGGACUGCAUAUAUUAAUCCAAGUUCCACGUUGGGGGUCUUCAGUCGAGGAGACCUUGUCAUAGAUCCUGAUAAAAUUGCAAAGCAAUACUUGAGAUCUGGCUUUGUGGUUGAUCUAGUGGCUUCGUUGCCUUUACCGCAGAUCAUUAUCUGGUCUGUGAUACCAUCUGUCAAAUAUUCAUUGUCACAACAUGACGAUGACAUACUGCUUCUGAUUGCAAUAUUUCAGUAUGUUCUAAGAUUAUAUCUUGUAUUUUCAUUGAACUCUAAAAUCGUUGAAGUUACUGGAGCAUUUUCAAAGACGGCUUGGCAAGGAGCUGCAUACAAUCUUCUUUUAUACAUGAUUGCUAGUCAUGUUUUAGGAGCAUUAUGGUACUUGCUAUCUGUCGAUCGCCAGACUGCAUGCUGGGAAAAAUACUGUAGCGAUGAGAGUGAUUGCCAUAAAGGAUACCUGGCCUGUGAUGUACAGUCUGAUUCAAAUUGGAAAACUAACACUGCUAUCUUUAAUAAAUGUGAUGCCAGUAGCAAAUCCAUCGAUUUUGACUAUGGUAUGUUCGCACCAUUGUUAUCAAAUCAAGCUCCUGAUCAGGGUUUCCUGAAGAAGUUCUUCUAUUGCCUUUGGUGGGGUUUGCAGAAUCUAAGUUGCUAUGGGCAAACCCUGACUGUGAGUACUUAUAUUGGUGAGACGUUAUAUGCUAUAUUCUUGGCGGUUCUUGGUCUCGUCUUGUUUGCGCAUUUGAUUGGAAACGUGCAGACCUACUUGCAAUCGAUCACUGCAAGAGUUGAGGAGUGGAGAAUAAAGCAAAGAGAUACUGAAGAAUGGAUGAGGCAUCGGCAACUUCCUAAUAAACUAAGAGAAAGAGUGAGAAGAUUUAUUCACUACAAAUGGCUCGCUACUAGAGGUGUGAAUGAAGAAUCUAUAUUGAAUGCUUUGCCUACAGAUCUUCGCCGUGACAUUAAGCGUCACCUUUGCUUGGAUCUUGUUCGUCGGGUUCCCUUUUUCUCCCAGAUGGACGACGGUCAACUUCUGGAUGCCAUUUGUGAGCGUCUUGUAUCUUCCUUGAGCACAGUGGGCACAUACAUUGUCCGUGAAGGUGAUCCAGUGACAGAGAUGCUUUUUAUCAUUCGUGGGAAGCUUGAAAGCUCCACUACUGAUGGUGGCCGGACGGGCUUCUUCAAUUCAAUCACCCUAAAAACUGGUGAUUUUUGUGGUGAAGAAUUGCUUGGAUGGGCUCUUGUUCCCAAGCCUACGGUCAACUUGCCAUCCUCCACCAGGACGGUGAAGACAAUUGUUGAAGUGGAGGCAUUUGCUCUCCGAGCUGAGGAUCUCAAGUUUGUUGCAAGCCAAUUCAGGAGGCUCCACAGCAGGAAGUUGCAGCACACAUUCCGCUACUAUUCUCACCAUUGGAGGACAUGGGCAGCUUGCUUCAUCCAAGCAGCUUGGCGCCGCUACAAGAGGAGGAAACUGGCCAAGGAUCUGAGCAUGAGGGAGUCAUUCUCUUCCAGGAGAUCAUAUGAAGACGAUGGGUCCCCUGAGCACAGCCUUGAGCUGAACGCAGCCAGGAAAGGAGCCCAUAUCAUUAAAGAACUCCCAAAGUUUAGGAAGCCUUCUGAGCCAGACUUCUCAGCAGAGCAUGACGAUUGAGGGACUUGCUACAGAGAAAUAGUCACUUCUGCUGUAAACACUGCACUCUAUUGUCCUGGAACAUGCAUCGACCGGUGACAGAUUUGUUGAUAGGAGAAAAUGCUGAAGCUCAAACUUUGCAUGGUGAAACAAACAUCAACGAACGGUGGUACGGGAAUUAGGUUCUUGGAGUUGCAGACA